UGGCAGAAAGCGGUUGAAGACUGGCAGUGGAGAACGAAGAAAGUCGGCGUCAUCGGCUCGGGCUCGAGUGUGAUUCAAACUGUUGCAGCGCUACAACCGCACGUCGGUAGGAUGGUUCAGUUCGUGCGUGGGAAGACUUGGGUUUCGCCGCCAUUCACUCGACAGAAGCUGGGAGAGCUCCUUCAGCGUGACACGGAUGCUGAGAACUUUGAAUUCAGUCAGGCGGACAAGGAGGCAUUCAAGGACGAAGAGGUGUACAAGCAAUUCCGGCAUGAAUUGGAAUCUGCGCUUCAAUCCGACCACUGUGUCACUCUGCGAGGUAGCACGCGACAGACAAAGGCACGUCAGGAACUCACGGAGAACAUGAGGAAGAAGUUAUGGAAGAAACCGUGGAUUUUGGAUCACUUGCUUCCCGAUUUUGGGGUCUCAUGCAGGCGAUUGACACCUGGACCUGGAUACUUGGAGGUAUUUUCCCAAAUGCCCUUUGUUCCGAAAGAUAUCCGGCGCAUCACUCCGCGAGGCAUCGAAACAGUUGACGGGAAACAUAUUGAUGUCGACGUCAUCAUAUGUGCAACCGGCUUUGACAUUUCUUUCCAUCUCGAUUUCUCCAUCACUGGCCGUGGUGGGCUGUCUAUCCAAGAGAAAUGGACCCCGCAUCCCUCGACGUACCUCUCCAUGUGCACAGACGGAUUUCCGAACUGGUUCAUGGCAUUCGGCCCAAACUCGGUACUUGCUGCCGGCUCGCUGCUCAUAUUGCUGGAGCGCCAGGUCGAAUAUGCGGUUGCAGCAAUGAAGAAGAUGCAGAGAGAAAGGCUGAAGAGUAUCAAGGUAAAGAAGGAAGCAGUGAGGGAUUUCGAUGAGUAUUUGGAGAACUAUUUCCCGAAGACCGUUUUCAGCGAGAAGUGCAGAUCUUGGUACAAGAUGGGUACAGAAGAUGGACGGAUUGUGGGCCUCUGGCCAGGCUCGUCAUUGCAUGGAUUGCGCGUUCUCGAGCACCCGCGCUGGGAGGAUUUCAACUACGAAUCUGCCGACGGCGUUCACAAUCGAUUCUACUGGCUCGGUGAUGGGCAGACAUGCAAUGAGAAAACUAUGACAGGCGACCGAGCAUGGUACCUGAAUGACAAUGAAGUAGACAUACCUCCCAGUGAGUGUCCCUGA